GUUUGGAUCGCUUGGGAGCGGCCUGGUGGAAGCUGCAGCACCCUCUCGCCAUUGCCUAUCGAGUUGCAGGAAUCUGCUCCAGGCCUCUCCUGGCGGCUCUCGGUGGCGCGACAGCUCUGCCUCGCAGUGGACGCUCUGCACAGGUCGGGAAAAGUGCAUGGAAGCCUGUCCCCGCGCAAUGUGCUGGUCGCCACCACAGGUGACGUGACGAUCCUGGAAGCCGGGCUCGUGGACGCGCUUUUGGAGGUGGAUGCCCUGCGCGAGCACGACCUUCUUGGUGCACUAGGCUUGCAGUUCGCCCGCUAUGCGGCCCCGGAGGGUUGGCACGUUCCCCGUAGCGGCGGCACAGCUGCAGACAUCUUUGCUCUCGGCCUUGUCCUACUGGAGGUGUUCGAGUGUUGUGGACAGCCCAAUCCAGAGUGCAAGAGCCUGCAGCAGCUGAGCGCAAAGAUGUUGCCCAAACGGGGCCAUUGGCAACCGCAGGUUAAAGCCAGCACCUUCUACGGUGAGCUGCCGCAGAUAGCCAGGAGCACAAUCGAGUUGUGUUUCCAUGCCGACCCUGGAAAGCGUCCCUCUGCACAGGAGCUGCUCUUCGGCCUCGCUGCACCUCCGGAAGUUGCGGAGGUGGAGCAGCUUCAAGACAUCACCUUCGCGGAGUUCAAGAACUUGCUGUACGGCUCUGACGAGUCUGAUGGGCUCAAGUCGGGAUCCACUGCGAUUUCAGGAUCAAGUGAGAAGUCUCAGCAGGACUUGGACGCAGACUUGAACGCCGAAGUUGCCGAGGAGCAAGGCAUGAAACCUUUGGCAAAGCCGCCGAGGCACAUGUCCUGGCCCUCCGGGCCACGGCCGGAAUUCCGGGCGAGCCCUGCGAGACGUCCCGGGGACCAGGAUGUCCCGGAAGAGAACGGGAUGUGUCCCGAUGUUUCGGAGAACCGCUGCGCCAAGCGCCCCAGAGCCUUCAGCGCGGAUGAUGCCGAAGGGCUUCUAGAGCCCCCGCUGCCUCCGCCUCCACCACAGCUCAGGUGCCAGGUCAAGGCGAGCCCCCGAGCUCCCUGUGUCCGACGGCCAACAACGCUGGAGGCCACGGUGGAGGAGCCCAGUGCGCUGUCUCCGCUCUCCCCGGGCCCACCGCCACCACCACCGCCACCACGGCCACAAGUGCCGUGGGUCCACUCCCUGGAGCCGCCCGCCAUCGAGGCUGGUUUGCCAGAGAGGGCCCCUUCGCGCAAGUCCAGGCCGCCGUCCCCUCCUCGUCAACUCGACAGGCAAGAGGAAGCCAAACAGGCAGGCAGGGCUCCAGAGGAGAGCAUUGCUGAAAUGUGCUCAGGGGUGCUCUCUGCAGCCGUUCUGGCCGACAGGCAUUCCAUCUACUACUGGGUCACAGUGAGUGCGGGCCAAGAAAUCGAUCACCUCGAUCCCGAAACAGUUGCAUUUCGAUGUGGCGUUCCGGUAAGGGAGCUCUUCAGCUAUUGGGAAAAGGAGGUGAACUGCGAUAUUGCUGUGAGGACACUUCCGCGGACAUUGAUGCUGAUUAUUUGCUUUGCUGCCAUGCUCUUGGUCCAUGAGACGGUGGCAGAGACGCAGAGCGUGGAGAAGGCCAUUCGCUUCGAUAUUGAAGAAAAUGCAAACUUCGCCUUCAAUGAUAUUGCCACGAUGGGUCACAAGAACUACAAGGAUGUGAACAGCUUCACAGACUUCUAUUCGUGGCUUCGAUUGGGUUUUGCUUCCAUCUAUUUGCCUCAAAGCAGCUCCAUCUCCGAAGGCUCCACCCUACCUAGUGCAGCACUGUCGGUCCGGGAUAUGUCGGAGAUGCCUUACCUGAAUUUCAACCGUAAGAUCGGUCCGGUCAAGCUCGUAAAAGAAGUGGCGCAGGCAGGCACCUGUCCGAACACCGAAUCGACAACUCGGACGUGCUACGCGCCAGGCACAGACUUCGUGAUUCAUCCGACAGAGUUUGACAUGGCCUUCACCAGCUUCGAAGAAGACACCAGCGCCAACGGUACCGUUUGGCUCUCGCUAGUUGAAGACGUAAAUGCGCAGAUAGAUGCGAUGGAGCGAUCUGGAUGGCUGGCCGCAGAUACUCGCAGAUGGAAGCUUACCUUCGUCACGUACAACGCAGACUUUGACAUGCUGACAAGCACAGACAUUCACUUCGUUCUCUCACGCUCCGGGCGAAUCUGGAAAGAGAUUUCUUUCAUGAGCCUGAUGCUGUCACCCUAUGGAAACCUUUGGGGCCUGGUCUGGGAGAUAUUGUUCUUUGGAAGCAUCACUUCCAUUUUUAUCGAAGAGCUGCUGGAGAUCUUCCGGGGCGUUUGCACACGAUCCUCCGAUGGGAAAUUCCGCUGCCGUUGCGGAUACUUCCUCAUGGACUAUUUCACUGUUUGGAAUGUUGUGGACUGGUGUUCCAUCAUCGUCGCCUAUACCCUACUAGGCAUGUGGAUCAAUCGGUGCCUGAUGGUAGCUAGCCUUCGGAACGACCUGAACGGAUUAGUAACAGCCUGCGCGGACGUUGACGACCGCGACCUCUGCAAAGAUCUGACCGGACUGCCGGCCUGCAAUUUGCUUCAUGUGGCUUUGGGCUUGGCAUUUGUGGUCAGCAGCCCGGCCCUUGGCGACAUGAACACCAGAGGCUUCUAUCCCUUCUGCAUCUUGCUACGGCUUUUCAAGACGUUCUCACUCCAGCCGCGGCUGGCAGUGGUUACCAGAACUUUGUGGAUGUCGUUUGCAGACUUGGUUCACUUCGGCAUCAUCUUCUUUUCGGUGUUUGUCACGUACGUUUUCAUGGCGAUGGGUUUCUUUGGACGAACAGUCGAAGGCUAUUCGGACUUUGGAAUCAGCUUCAUCACGCUCUUCCGGUCUCUGAUGGGGGAUGCAGAUUUCGUCGCUAUGGAAGAUCAGGUCGGUCGAGCCAUUGCCGGUGUUUUCCACAUCUCCUUCAUGCUCUGCAUGCUCCUGAUUCUCUUGAACAUGCUCAUUGCAAUCAUCAUGGAUGUUUAUGGUGAGACGAAAAGGAGUGCACAGUUCAGCGAUCCGGUGUGGGACGACAUCACCGACUUCUUCCGGCGCUGGUAUCACGCCCGCAAAGGCGAUCGCGUCAGCCUCAGUGAAGCCAAAGACACCUUCAUGGCGUAUCUGGAAGAAAAGGCAGAGGAGGAAGUGGAGGUUCAGGUGGAAGGAGCACCUGAGCUUCAAAACAAGAAGUCCAUCUUCGUGGAGCUGGAGGAAAGUGAGGAGAUUGUAACCGUGAACGAUCUCAUGAAAAAGGUGCCAAAGAUGAGCCAAGAACAAGCUGAGCAUUCCAUUUUCGAAGCUGUGAAAUGGUUUGAGAAGAAUGCUGACAUGGAGGUUCCGACAGUGGAGGCGUCCGGGAGCGGCCCUCCGCGCUCGGAGGCCGAGUCGGAGUCGGCGGCCAGAGAGGAGAAGAAGGAUCCCCUGGUGCAAGCGGCCUUGGGGCCCGGCCUUCGUAGCCUGGUCAGCGACAGUCUGCAUCGUGUGGAGUUGGAGGGUGGCCUGUCCGUCCGUGCGAAGAAGAUGCUCACACAGCUCCUAGACACUGCGCAGACUAUUCUCGAAGAGGAAGGUGUCGAGAGGAGGCUUUCCGAUGUCGCGCGCCUCGAACAAACGGCGAUUUUGCCACAUCUCCUGCCCACAGGCUGUGACCCGAUGGCCAGUGCGAGGCUGCGGCGUUGUGUGAUUCGAGCGCUCUGCGCUGCCUGA